GAUCAAAGUGGAAGGCUGCAUCCGAAUGUACGAAGUGGCACACAGACUGAGAGGGACAGAGGGCCUGAGGCAGUGGCAGGAGGAGCAGGAGAGGAAGGUGCGAGCCCUCUCAGAGAUGGCAUCUGAACAACUGAAGAGGUUUGAUGAGCUGAAGGAACUGAAGCUGCAUAAGGAAUUCCAGGACUUACAGGAAGUGAUGGAGAAGAGUACCAGAGAAGCCCUGGGCCACCAGGAGAAGCUAAAAGCUGAGCAUCGCCACAGAGCCAAGAUUCUCAACCUGAAGCUUCGAGAGGCAGAGCAACAGCGUGUGAAGCAGGCAGAGCAGGAGCAGCUUCGGAAGGAGGAAGGUCAGGUCCGUCUACGCAACCUGUACACCCUGCAAGAGGAGGUCCUUCAGCUUAACCAGCAACUGGAUGCCUCCAAUCAGCACAAGGAAUCUGCUGAAUGUCGACCUGGCUGCCUUCCAGACCCGGGGCAACCAGCUGUGUAGCCUCAUCUCUGGGAUCAUUCGCACCACCUUGGAGGUGAGGGAUUACAGAAUGACU